CAGAAAAUUAUUUUGGCGCGCCGUAACAAAAACAACAUUUUGCAAUUUUUGCCGGUUUUCAUUUUAAUUUUGGUCUGUUUUAACAAUGCAGGCGUUUUUAAAGACUGGAAAGAUAUCUAACAAUGAUAAGCCGACAUCAUCAGGAGUUAAAACUUCUGGUAAAAAGAAGCCACCUGCGCCAUGGGUUGAGAAAUAUCGGCCGAAAACGAUCGAUGAUAUCGUCGAUCAGGGUGAGGUAGUGCAAGUAUUACGAGAGUGUUUGUCUGGCGGGGACCUGCCACACUUGUUGUUCUACGGCCCCCCCGGCACGGGUAAGACCAGCGCCAUCCUCGCUGCCGCCAGACAGCUGUUCGGAGACAUCAGCCGAGACCGAGUGCUGGAGCUGAACGCGUCCGACGAGCGCGGCAUUCAGGUCAUCAGAGAUAAGGUCAAGUCUUUCGCACAACUCACUGUGAGCAGCUCCCGGCCAGAUGGGCGGCCAUGUCCACCAUACAAGCUGGUGAUCCUGGACGAGGCGGACUCUAUGACCAAUGCGGCACAAGCGGCACUGCGGCGGACCAUGGAGCGCGAGACCCGGACCACGCGGUUCUGCCUCAUCUGCAACUAUGUGUCGAGGAUCAUCCCACCCAUCACCAGCAGAUGCUCCAAGUUCAGAUUCAAACCUUUGGCUAAGGAAAAUGUUAUUAAGAGGCUGCGUGACAUCUGUGAAGCGGAAGGAGUGGAGGUGGGCGACGGGGAGGUGCUGCACCAGGCUGUGGACACGUGCGAGGGGGACCUCCGGAGAGCCCUCACCGCUAUGCAGUGUUGCCAGAGAUUGAUAGGAAAAAUUACUGCUGAGGGACUUGUUGAGGUGACUGGCCUCGUACCUGAGAAGCUAGUGGAAGAGUACCUGAACAUCAAGAAUUACAAUGAACUUGAAAAGUUUGUCGAAAUGUUCCUCAUGGAAGCAUACUCCGCGUCUCAACUGCUGGAGCAACUGAGCGCGGCCGUGGUCACCUCAGGGCACCUCACCAACAAGCAGAAGUGUACCAUCAGCGAGAAGCUGGCCGUCUGCUCGCAUCGCCUGUUGGACGGCGGCGCCGAGGUGAUGCAGCUCACCGACCUAGGUUGUACCAUCAUUAUGGCUAAUAACAACCCUUAGAUGUAGAUGUUCAGAAGGGCUAGCACGGGGCGCAAUUAAGAAGUGACAAAAGUCCUCCGUCGCGCUCGAUCUUGAGGUUGCGUGAUGUAAGUGAGUGCAAUCUAAAAGUUUUGUCACGUGUUAAAUGCGUCCCGUACUAAUCCUUCUGGAGUAUUAUGAUUAUGAUGUUAUCACGUCAGCCGUCUGGAUAAUAGCAACCCUUAAAACUUGCUAUUCUGGAAUAUAUUGUUAUGAUUAUGAGUUGUUAUCACGUCAGCCGUCUGUCAUUUGUAAGUCUUCACGUGUCCUAUUGUUGACUUUGCUGUUAGAAUUUGAGACUAUUAAUUAACUGUGUCAAAUUGUUGCCAGUCGUACAGUGAACUCGUUAUUUGAUCAGUUGUUGAUGUCAGCUACCGAUUGAUAGAAUUUUGUUGAAUCGCCAAAACGAUGUUCUGAAUUGAAAACUUUGCCGUGUUCACUGAAUACAAUAUUGUACUUACCUAAUAUUUUAGUUUAGUAUAGUACCGUUGUGAAGAUUGUAUACUGAAGAUACCAUUCCUUUGUCUUAUUGUUGUGUGAAGUGGCCAAGCCAUUCUGUGCUUUAAAGCUAGAAUCCUAAUAAAGCUUUACUUUCUAUUCA